ACCCCCACUCUGCCACAUUCAGGAGAGGGUGCUUUGCAGAGUCGAGAAGGUGAUGUUGGGUUGGCUGGGGAAAUGGGCCUACCAUUAGAUCUGAUCCCGGCAACAAAGUUGAGUGAGAGUGUGCUCGGAAAUACAAUCCACCCGGAUAAUUUUGGCAUGCAGGCUGCAACAGAUUGGGAUAUGGAGGUGGAGAUGGGGGAAAUUGGAUUAGGUGAUAGAGUUGAGCGAGUCUCUUUCCCAGCCCUGAACCCCUCCCCAUCCCUGUCCCUUGCCACUGCCUGCAUAGAAAUUGAAGGUAAAGAAGGAGGAAAAACAGUCAACGGGGAGAGAAUCAUGGAGUCUGUCCCAAGUGUUACCUCAGACAUGUGUGCAAGUGCAAGUGAACACUCAGGGGACUUAAAAACACAGCAAAGGGAGGAGUAUAAUGGCAUUGCGAAGCUCCCAAAGGAUUGUGCAGAAGAUAACAGCCACAACAGAGUACAGAGUGGAGUAAAGAUCACAAAAGAUUGUGCACGACUGGAUGCUAUUCCAACAUCUCCCACUUCUGUAUGUGCCUCUUCUCCAAAUCUCCAGGCUACAUCCAUAGGCAGUCAUAACUGUGACCAAUUACUUGAUCGCUCAUCCACAACACAGCUGCAAAACUUCCAACACCUGGAGAAAUCUAAAGAAGAAAGACAGAUUGAGGGAACUGAAUUUGAAGAGAAAUACGAGGGUGAGGAUGAGGCAGCUUCCAAUCUCCAGCUUACUACCUCUGUCCACAAGGCCCAAAGUGUCAUAGGGGAAGACAUUAAGGAGGAGCUACUUCUUGAGGUGGACAUAGUCACUGUUGGAGACCAAAAUAUGGAGGACAGCGCCUUAUCCCAGGAUGGUGCUCAUGCCUUGGAUGGCAUUCCAGAAGUCUCCCAUACAGUUUCCUGCUAUUUGGACAUGGAAACAACCCAGUUAAGCCAGCAGAAAUCUGCAGAAACCAACACUCUUCAAGCCAAGAAUCAGGACUUGAGUCCAAGUGUCAGUACAGCAUCAGUGCAGUCAAAUGCACAAGUGAGCUCCUGUUCUGGAGAUUGCACUGAAAUCAAGCAAGAAGAAGAGGAGAUAGAAGUAGAGAGGAGGGAUGGAGGGAGGAGAAGGCUUGACAGGGAGAGUGCUGGGAGGAACAGCAGAAGGAGAGGGAGGGGCGGUGACCAGAGAGGAGGGAGGAGGAGGAAUAGCUUGGACAUCACAAGAGAACCAGAAUCUGAGGCAGGGACAGAAGGGUGCCAGGUGAUCUUUCAGCUGCAGUCACUCUCUGAUGAUUCCCCAAUCAAGGAUGAGGAAGGAGCGGAGCCUUUCCACCAUUCCAGAUCUGCUUCCUUUAAAGUCCACCUCCAGCAGCAGAAUGUAGAACCCAGGUGUCCACAGGGAGAGCUCCUGUUGGGCACAGGCAUCCCUGAGUCCUGUCUCCCAGCAUCUUUAGAGGAGUCCUCUGAUGAGCAGAUUGUUUUUGAGCUGGAGUCUGUCACCACAAGUGUGGAGGUUUUGAAAGCAGAGGAGGAGAUGGAAGUAGUGGGAACAGAAGACCAAGCCAGGGAGCCAAGGGAUUGCCAAUCUCCAUCCAUCCUGUUUGAGAGGUUCUUUGCCGGCAGACGAAGGGAUGAGGGAGAGAGCAGGGAAUGCCAGAAUGAACUGCAGAAUGACACUAGACUGGUGAAUCGUACCUCCCUGGAAACGAGUCCCCAAAGCCGAGCCCGUGGAAUGGCACUGAUGGGGGCUGUGACAGGUCAGGUGAUUAAGGUAGAGGACUACUCCCAGGAUGUGGUGCCCUGCCAAAACGAACCGUCUGCUUCCCCUGCAAGUGUGGGAGGAGCCAUUGUUGGUCAGGUACAUCCCUACGAGCAGCAAGGAGGAGUUCGGGUGUUUUUAGUGAAGGAAGAGAAUCCUCUCGUUUUGGAUGAGCCUCAAGAGUUCCCAGAAUGUGGACACACGGAGGUGCCAAAUGAGGAGAUGAGGGCUGACGGCAACACUUGUGCAGAUUCUGAGGCCAUGCUACUUGAAGACAGAGAAGGUGGAGGAGAUGAGUAUAGGGAAGGUGCAGUCAGUGCUUCCCCAUUGGCACUUGACGUUGAGGUCCGUGGUGGCGAGCAGUGCAUAGUCUUUCGAGUGAAGGAAGAGGAGAGGGAGGUGGCCUUGGAUCCUCCUCAGAGAGAACAUAGUCUCUCAGUUCUGUUGGUGUCUCGGGCAGCAGCCCUGGAUCAGCAAGUUGACCAAGGUCACGCCAGAGGAGAUGGACCACUGGUGUCAGACCUCCAUUCUGGCCCCUACACCAACAGUGGUGCAAUCUGGGUGUCUGUGCCCCCAGGGUGUGGGGCAGAGGAGCGUGUUGCUGAAAAUGAGGAAUGUGGACAGAGCAGAGAGAUGAUGACACAGACGGGGCCACAGCCAAAUGUGUUUGUUUGUACGGGGGAAGGUGAACUGAACACAGAGCAGCAGAACACAGCGGAACUUUUAGAAUUCCUCCUGCAAAAGUCUGAUACGGAACACUCAGAUAGUUCUGAUUCUGAGCCUGAGGAGGAAGCCUUUACCAUGGCCUGUUACCAUGACAGCAGUAGCAGUGGCUCCAUUAUCACAGAAAAACAUGAUCGAUCAAGAUUUAGUAUUCCGGUUGAAGAGAGGCCUGGUGGCUCUGUGCCCGAAGGGAACGCUGAAGGGGGGCGGAAAGAAGGGCGGACCCCAGUUGAAUAUUUUUCCCAAUAUUUGGACUGGGAAACAUGGGACGAAAUUGCACACUGUAACACCACCUUGUCUGAAGCCUCCAACUCAGUCACGUCCAAAGAGGUGGCUCAGUUUGUUGGAAUCCACAUUGCAAUGGGAACACUGAAGUUCCCGGAUAAGAAGUUGUACUGGCAGGACUUCACCAGAGUGCCCCUGAUUGCCGAUGCCAUGCACGCUUCUCGGUUUUUCCUGCUGGCGCAGAAGCUGAGACUUGCACGUCACGCUGAGGACCUGGAGACCCCCGGGGAAGCAGGUGGCAGUAGGCACAGCGAGCACAGAGGUGGGGAGGUCGCCAACGUGGAGGGGCCCGGGACCCACCCAAGCCCAGACUCCGAGGGAACCGCAACAGCAGCCCACGGGGACGGUUCAGAUACGACGCACAGAUCAACAAUAACGGACCCCGCCGCUCAUCGUAACAUCCCCACUAACAGAGCCUGCGAGCAAAGGUCAGAUCCACAGCCAGCUGGCCUCACGCAAACGCGUGCAAGCCCUCAGACCGGCACAGCAAGGACCGAGCACGCGCACAACACACGCAGCCGCGCACAUUGCACGCGACGGUGGCCGCAGGACACUGGCGAGGUCAGUGCUCUGGAGGACGAAACGCACCACAUUGCUAAUGCACGUAGCAGUGCACAAAGACCUGUAGGAUUCAGUAAUAGCACAAAUAGCUCUGAUACUGACCCUCUCUGGCAAGUCAGAAAUUUGCUGGACAGAGUUCGGGCAGGCUGUCUAGCACUUACUCGUGAAGGGAACUACGGAGUGGAUCAGCACCCUGUACCUUUGGGACAAUGCCGGAGAAAGAAAUCCCUCAAAAAAAUCCAGCCUGUAUUGCAGUGUACUGUCCUAGUUGGGGAUGGCGGUUUGGUCCUAGAUUUUAAUUUAAGUACAGAUGAUUCUGGCAGAGAGGUCACACUACAGAGAAUUCCCAGAGACAAAGAAAGUGGGGAGGCAAUGGUGUUUCUCUGCAAGGAGGAGCUUUGUACUCCGGCGGUGCUGGAGCGCCUCCUUGUGGGUGGAGUGAGGAGCGCAGGGAGGGUAGGGGGAGUGAGAGGAGAGGUGGGCGAUGAAUUUGUGAGCUCCGAUGGGAAAUUGACUUUGCUCCGUUGCCAGCAGGGCUUCAUCCUCUCUACUUUGACGGAGAGGCAGGCACGCCAGUUUUCUCUCCUCAAGGACUUUGAGGGGGUUCAGAAGGACGUCCAGCUACACAGAGAUCUGCUAAGGCUUUACCGCACACCACUCACAGCCUCUUCUCCAGCGCGGUGGCCACAGUCCGUGCUCUGGCGCCUCACGGACCUGGCUCUGGUCAACUCCUGGCUGCAGUUCAGACAAGAUGGCGGCCACAAGUCUCUCAGCCUCAUGGCCUUUCGGCUCCAGGUGGCAAAAGCGCUGAUCCACACGAACCGCGCCAGCAUGCCCCAGUCCGCGCCCCCACACCCUCCUGCUCCAAAGCUGCCCAGGCAGGAUAGAGCGGCAUCCCCAGCCCCCCUCUCUGUGCUCUCUCUCCCAGACACUGCCUCUCGGUAUGACGGUUUGGGGCACUGGCCCGAGCAGGUAGCUGAGGGGGAGGGGGCCAGGUGCCGUUUCGGAGGCUGUGAGCGGACGUCACGGGUGCGAUGCCUCAAGUGUUGCGUUUUCCUCUGCAUCUCGCGGAACCACAACUGCUUCCUGAAAUUCCACAUCCAGGGGAGCGCCUGAGUCCAACUCACCUCAGCCAGCUCCUCUUCUUCGCAAAAAGUACAAAAAAUGGACAAUAUAUCUCAGUAUUUGCUCUCCUCUGACAAUGUUGAUUUACAGUGAAGCACUGAAUGUUGCCCACACACUGGCAGAAUGUUCUAAUUUCAAGUAAAUGCUGUAAGAUGUGCAAUUGUUUAGGCAAUUACAAGUAUGAACUUCAAACUUUUCUUUAUACUAGCACACCACAAGGAAUUCACUUGUGAUUCUGAUCUACCAACACAGCAGUGUCAGCUCUACAGUCAUUCCCCAACUGGCCACAAGUUCUCCACAGAAUGUAUCAACGCCGAUCAUCAUUCAUUUCCCACCUCCUUGCGAACCUAGCAGGCUCAAAAUGUUAUGACUGUGGUCCUUUGUGUCCAUAAUGAAACACUUGACCUAGUCUAGUUUUUGUUAUGGACAUGGCUAAUUAAAUCAAGUAAUCAGUUGUAAUUAGAAGUGUAAAUUAAAAAAACAAUUAUGUUGCCACAUAAUUUUCCCACACCUGAUUUAACUGGUGAUCACUUUUAUACCUUAUACAUGGAUGAACACAAAAAAUUUAUGAAAUACCAACCCACAGACUGAGAUCAGUGAAUCCCCAUCUUAAUGCCUAUAAAAAUGUUUGAAAUGUUUUAAUGUUUGGAAUGGUUAUUUAUGAUAUUUUAAAUAAAUUGCAAUUUUGUUUUUACAGUUGAGAUGUUUAUAAUGAUUGAGUUGAAAUUUCAGUUUCUACUUCAGCUUUAAAAAUACACUACAGUUCAAAAGUUGGAAUCACCUAGUCUUUUUCUGCUUUUUCCGAUUUAAUAUUUUAUUUUCUGUUCAUAAUCAAACAAUUCACACAAGGUCAAAGCACAGACUCUGAGCUUUUAUUAAAGGGUAUUUUUAUACAUUUUGGUUUCACCGUAUAGUAUCUACAGUACUUUUUAUGUGUAGUCCUCCAUUUCAAUGUUUGAGACAAAUUAACAUAAUGUCAAAUAAGAGUCAUGUUUCAUAUUUGGUUGCAUAUUUUUUGCAUGCCAUGACUUCCUGAUGUCUGUAACCUAUCAUCAGAGUCUGGAUAUCUUAUUUUCAGGUUGUCCUACAAGCGAUACUAAAAAUAUUUGCAUUUGAAUGGAUCUCAGUGGGAAUUGGUAGUGGGACUAGAUUCAGCUGUAAAUUGUGCGGACACAGUAUGGCAUUUGUUGGCUAAAUGGCCUUUAAGUCAAUUGUUUCUCCUAAGUAAUUUUCCUGUUGAACUCAAUGGAAAAAAUAUUCAGGAGAAACAAUUCUUGUAGUAUUUGCUGCAUAUCAGACAGCAGCACAGUGGUUUGAGGCUUACCUUGGACCCUUGAUGACUUAAAACCAUUUAGCCAACAAAUGUGACGCUCUGGAUAAGAGCGUCUGCUAAAUGCCUUGUAAUGUAAUUUGUUCCAUACUGCAUAAUUUACAGCUGAAUCUAGUCCCACCCCCCAAUUCCCACAGAGAUCCAUUCAAAUGCAAAGAGUUUUAUAAUCACUUGUUGGACACCCUGAAAAUAAGAUAUCCAGACUCAUGAAACAUGAUUCCAAACUUUUGAACGGUCGCAUAAGUAAUCUGAGCAUUAAAGCUGCUCGCCAGCAUUAAUUGGUUGUUAUCAUUGUUACAUACUGUAGGUUAUUUUCUAAGAAACUGGAGUGAGCAGUAAGCAAAAACAGUGAUGACUGUAACUUCUAUGCACUGUACUGUAUAUACAUGUAUUACUGUUAACUAGCUAAGGUUAGCAAGUUACCUUCCUAAUAGUCAAAUUAAACUUCCAAAUUGCAAGUAUGUAGGUUAUUCUUUGGUGAAACUGCCACUUGCUGCCUUUGAUAUUUUAUAAAAUAGGUUAAUUCCCCCAAUCAUUGGCUUUGUUUGCAAAGAGAAAUUGUUCCAGUUCAGUUUAAGCUUUCUGUAGUUUUUGAUUGGUCUGUUCUCUGUAAACCACACACAACAAAGACAUCCAAAGAUGCCUGCAAUGAUUAAAUGUGUUGAAUUGUCUGAAAACUCAGUAUUGUACUAAACCAAGACUAUUGUGAAUAAACAUUCCUCCAGUCUGCUAGCAGUUACUUCAUUCUUAAUCCCCAUUUGUCUCUUACAAAUUUACAGUUUGUGUGUCUUUCAUUUUAUAGCUUGUUUGUCCUUCCAUUAUUUUCCCAGUAAUGUUCUCAAAUGUUUUCUUCACUCAUAUUGUUUCUGUUAUUAUUGGUCUCUUGCAAUUAAACUUUUGUGUUCCUGCUAAAACAUUUGGGAACAGUCACGUUAUUGGAUGUAUUUUUCAUUAUCUGCAAGUAAGCUGUGGUUCUGAAACCUAUCUAAUGUCUAUAAAAAGAGCAUGCACUUUUAAACUGACGUGUUUUAAGCAUACAAGUAUUUGUUAUUGAAUGUAUAGUUAUGUUUGUGUGGGUAAGAGCCUGUCCUUCCGGACAAAUCCUGAUUAAAAAAUAUAUAGCCUUAUGUUUUUUAGUGUCUUUCCUGCUUCAUGCAAGACCAUUGAUAUUUUGGUUCACAGCAAUGCAGCAGCGUACAAUUAUAUUUGCUUUGGGUGCAAUGCACACUGGGGAGAAUUUUAGAGAGGCCAGGUAUGACUGUAGGAAAAAAAUGCUUGUUAAAAAUAAUUUAUAUUUGUAUUUGAGUGCUUAUUAAAAAUAAUUGAAUAACUGUGAAAUCAU